AUGAAGCUGUUCGUUACGGCACUUUCCCUGCUGCUCACUUUGUUGGCGAAAGGAUGCAGAUACAUAUGCAGCCAGGGUUCUUUCCCAGAUGGUGAAUACCCAAUUUUCAUUAGCAACAUACUGAUAAACAAUGUCUCGUUUACCUUUCAUAAAGAUAAAUAUCAUUACAAAUUAGAAGCGAGUGAACAUCUGACAGAAAUUACACUGAGUCCAUUCUUAAACAUUUGGGAAAAUUACAUAUAUAAAAAAACCUCCCCAGAAGACGAACUCUUCUUUAAUGAAAACACGUGGGCGUAUUUAGACAAUGAACAAAAUGUCGUCAUGGAAGAGUUGUACCUAAAACCAUAUCACAUUUAUGUUAACAAGGAAAAGGUGCAUCUAACAGAUUUACCCUACAGGAUCCACUUCUCAGGUGCGGGACAAAAGGAAUUAGACAUGUGGUAUGAAAGACAAAAAACGUAUAAAAUUGAAAUAAAAAAUAAUAACGAGCAUUCCAAUUUCUACCUAAACGAUGUCAUGCUAACUAGUCAGCCAUCCUCUACACGUUUAUUACAUGACAGAGAAUUCAAAACUUACAUUUAUUUUUAUACUACCAAGGUUGCUCAAAAUGUUGAAGGGAUAAACAUUCAAGCCAGCGGCCGUAACAGCCAAAUGUACAUAAAUAAUAAUUUAAUUAAAAAAGACGCCUCGUUUUUUUCCCUUGAAUAA